UUAUGCAGGAGCAGAGGCAGCACGCAGUGGAGCUGUCAAGAGAGCGUCAGCUUAUUAGGCAAAUGCUGCGUGGUUUCUGCAGAGGGUCGACGGUAUAAAAGCCCACUCCAGUCUCUGGUGUAGGGAAACUCGGAGCGCAAGUCCGGAGAGAGACUGAAGAGAGUGGAGAGAGAGAGUGGGCACGAAAGGAGAAGAGAUUUUCCUGAAGAAAAUCAACCGGGAGACAUCCUUCUGCUGAGAGGCGGCGACUGGCCUGCUCACCUGCGGAAGCACCCCAAGCACGCACCCUUAACAUGCGGCUGCCGCUGCUCGUGUCCGCGGGCGUCCUGCUGGUGGCUCUGCUGCCCUGGCCGCCAUGCAGGGCUUUUCUCAGCCGGGGUCCCAGCCCAGGCGCCCGGCAGAGCCCGCCGCACCCGCCACCCCUGGAUAUCUUCCAGCCGCCGCCGCCGCCGCAGUCAGAACAGCCGCAGCCGCCGCAGCCUCGGCCGGUCCUGCUCCGCAUGGGGGAAGAGUACUUCCUCCGCCUGGGAAACCUGCACAAGAGUCCCGCGGCCCCGCUCUCGGCCGCCCCCGAGGCCCUCGCUGCGGGCAGCCGCCCUUUGCCGGACGCGGCCGCCGCCAACUUUUUCCGCGCGCUGCUGCAGCAGCUGCUGCUGCCGCCCCGGCGCUCGCUCGACAGCCCCCCGAGUCCCGCGGCGCGCGGCGCCCAGAGCGCCCUCGGCGACCGCCAGGAGGCACCGGAGAGGAAGAGGCAGUCCGAGGAGCCUCCCAUCUCGCUCGAUCUCACCUUCCACCUCCUCCGGGAAGUCUUGGAAAUGGCCAGGGCUGAGCAGUUAGCGCAACAAGCUCACAGCAACAGGAAACUGAUGGAAAUCAUUGGGAAAUGAAGCGGUGCGUGCGGCCACGGAAAUCCUGCAUUUAGCACACGCAAACAUAAAUUUUAAAAAAAUAACAAAAAUAAAGUAUUCUGUACCAUAGCGCUGCUCUGAUACCAUUUGCUUAUUUUUAUAUAGCUUGAAAGUCCCGCAAGAGAAUCUAUUACCGUUCAAUUAGCAUGCACAAAGUGUAACCACCUGCAGUAACAACAAAAGACGUGUUGGGUGUCUUGUCUGCUUUUAGCUUCCACGUCCAGGGCUCUUUAGCGGUGUUUGGAGCGGCUGCAGGUACAGGAGGAAAGCAGACGCCUCCCGAUUGUCCUUGCUAUGGUUUGAGCUAAAGAGAAUGCCGUUCUCGUGGAUGCGUGGAUGAUGUCAAAUCUGUAAGCUCUCUUGAAUCAACUUUCUUGUAAGCAUUUCCAUAAUAAAACAUCUUUCCAAUC